AUGAAGUAUCCUUUUAGCUCACUUACGUGUAGCAUGAUUUGUGGGAAACUGUGAUAUUAGUAUGACGAUUCUGUGUACAUGUAUAUACAAGUAGCAUGUGUCAUUUAUCAUUCAGGUGAAUGGAUCUCUCCAACUGUUACUGGAGACAGACCACCUCCUAUUAGUGCCUUCACUUUGACAUCAAUAGCUAACAACAGUGCUAUACUGUUUGGUGGUUUCACUGCUAAUGGAACGAGUGACAAACUGUAUGUUAUUAAAUUCAGCAGGAUGUCAGUGGAUAUAUCAAAAAUAUCUAAUCCAGGAGGAUCAGUAGAAUGGCCUGAGGGGAGAUGUGCUCAUACCAGUGUAUUGAUUAAUGGUACUUCAGGACCACACUUACUAGUGGUGGGUGGAUAUUAUGCCUACGAUUCUUGGAUAUAUGAUAUAAACAAGAGGAUUUGGAAGAAACUGUCUGUGCCAUUAGCUGUCAGUGAAAGAUGUCAUCAUUCUCUCUCAAUGUUGAAUGUGACACCAUCCAUUAACUGGGCAAUACAAUUUGGUGAGAGAGGAUCGGAAUGUUCAGGAAGUAUGAGAGUAAUUGAAUUGAGUAAGUAAUUACAUUAAUUGGGUGAAACCCUUAAUUACUUGUGACAUUCAUUUGUCUGUUUGUAUGAAUGUCAAGCUUGAGUGAGGCCUGCAUUUAUGUACAAGCAUGAUAUAAUGAAAACUGUGUGUAAUAACCAAACAAGAUCAAAAAUACCAUCCAAAGAUAUGAACAAGCUUAUUAGUGUAAAAUUUUCCUAUAAUUGUUUUCACCACCUUACAUGUGUACAUGGAUAGCUCAGUUUUUAUUGAGACUUAUAGAGGUUCUUUUUAUCAUAUAAUGCUUCUCGAGACAGUCUUUAUGUUCUUGUGCUGUUAGAAACUCAAUUGCUUGUCUGACAUGUAAUUCACCAUUUUUUGUUUGCAGUGGCCACACCAACAUUAUGUAAAGGGCGUAGGUGGUUGGUUGGUAAGGCAUCUUGAUUCUUAUU